ACACUUCUUUAUACUGGCCCGUUUGCAGAUUCUGUUGGGCCAAUUUCUUCUGACGCUGGAACCUGCGCCAUUGGGUCCUCGUCAUAGGAUUCUUUCCUUUGUAAUUGUUCCUAUAAGAGUACCUAUUAGCCUCCUGUGGGCCAAUUUGCUUCGUUCCACUCGAACCACCUACUUCCAUGGCCCCUUUGUUAAACCUUAUGAGUCCCUGGUGCAUCCAUUUUUCGACCGGAACUGAACCAGGAGGAGCGAAAGUAUUCCUUCGACCAAACUUCUGAUUACCUUUCGACCGCCUCAAAACCCUCUAUAUGGCAUGCCUACAUCUUUGAUGGCAGGGUUGCAAAAUUCUCAACCAAAUAUAGAGAAUCUUAAUAUGUCCUCUCCAUCAGGAUCUGUAGCGGGCAAUCAAGGUAGGGUAAUUCCUCAACAUUUAACUAAUACAUCCGUUUUGUCACUCAGACAACAAAUGGAUGAAAGUAACCAUGAUAUGGUUAACAUGUUAACACAACAAAUAGGAACUGUUAUUAACCCCUUAAUUCAAAAUACAAACGACAGUUACCAAAUGUUAACAAAUCAAAUAAGUCGAAUUGCUGACUUUUUUGGGGCACCACCCAUACAGCAACCACCAAUUCGACAGAUCCAAAUACAGGCGCCUGUCCAAGAGAUACAGAUGCCUAACAAUCCAGGGAUGCAAAUGGCUCAAGCACCACAACCAUUGGCACGCAUAGAGCCACCAGCCCAACAGGUCGAACCAAACCCUGGUAUAGUAUUGGUAAAUAGGAACCAAAAUGCUGAUGAAGUAAUAGGGAAUAUUCAACAAAACCGUUUCGAUAGGCAGAAUAACCUGGCUCAAAUGGUCGAAACGAUUUUGGUGCAGAAUGGUUUGAACUUAGGCUUACACAGGCCUAAUUUUGUGUCUCCAUUAUCUGAGUAUGUGUUACAGACAGAAUUACCAAGGGGUGUGAAAAUCCCUAAGUUUACUAAGUUUGCAGGAGAGACAAAUGAGUCCACUGUCGAACACAUUGCUAGAUAUUUGGUCGAGGCAGGGGAUUUGGCUAAUAAUGAAAAUUUAAGAAUGAAAUUUUUCCCUAAUUCCUUGACUAAAAAUGCUUUUACAUGGUUUACAACCCUUCCUCCUCAUUCCAUACAUAAUUGGAACCAAUUGGAGAGGAUUUUCCAUGAGCAAUUCUAUAUGGGACAGUCUAAGAUAAGCCUUAAAGAGUUAGCCAGCGUUCGACGUAAGGCACCUGAAUCAAUUGAUGAUUAUUUGAACAGAUUCAGACUCUUAAAGGCAAGGUGUUUCACCCAAGUCCCUGAACAUGAAUUAGUCGAAAUGGCUGCUGGUGGCCUAGACUAUUCGAUUAGAAAGAAAUUAGAUACCCAGUAUUUAAGGGAUAUGGCUCAAUUGGCUGAUAGAGUUCGACAACUCGAACGAUUGAAGGCUGAAAAGGCUAGAAAUUCUAAGUUCCACAAGAAGGAAAAGGUUGCAUAUGUCGAAACCAAUGACAGUGACCAGGAGUUCAAUAUUAUUUAUGAAGAUAUCGAAGACAAUGAGGUUGAUUUAGCAGAAUUAAAACCUGGACCUCCUUAUGUUUGUAAACUUCUUAGACCUUCCAAUGGAAAAAACCCUGUUGAACCUAAAAAUGAUAAAUUUGUGUCCAAAACUUAUACAUUUGACAUAACUAAAUGUGAUGAAAUAUUUGAUUUAUUAGUCACAGAUGGCCAAAUUGUUGUUCCUAAGGGCUUGAGAGUACCCCCAAUCAAACAACAGAAGAAAAGGGGUUAUUGUAAAUUUCAUAAUUUCCUUGGCCAUAAAACCUCACGUUGUGUUCUUUUCAGGGAUUUGGUUCAAAAGGCUCUCGACGAAGGGAGGCUCAAAUUUGGUGAGAAACCAAAGGUUGCUCAAGCAAAUGCUGAAACAUCCAAAGCUGCUGAAACUCUCUAUGCAGAACCCCAAGAAAUAAUGAUGGUCGAAACAAUGGAGUUGUCUCAGGUGCAAGUUCAAGACAUAUCUGAAGAGGAUUACAACGAACAAAUGAAGGUGGUGUAUCCUCAGGCUGAGGAGGAUUUAAUUGAUUUCUUGAACAGAUGCAAACUCGAAAACAAGAUUGUGAUGCUCUGCCCUCGCUGCAGUGCAGUAUGUGAUAGGGAGGCUACUGAGGGCCUCAAGAAAUACCAAGUUGUUAACAAGGGGGCAAAGCAGAACCAACGUUUCGAUAAAGGCAAAAGGGUUAUGGUGCAGUCGAACACUAAUCAGAAGUCUGGUCGAAGGAAUACUUUCGCUCCUCCUGGUUCAGUUCCGGUCGAAAAAUGGAUGCACCAGGGACUCAUAAGGUUCAACAAAGGGAUCAUGGAAGUAGGUGGUUCGAGUGGAACGAAGCAAAUUGGCCCACAAGAGGCUAAUAAGUACUCUUAUAGGAACAAUUACAGAGGAAAGAAUCCUAUGACGAGGACCCAAUGGCGUAGGUUCCAACGUUAG